UAAGUGGUUAACGGAUCGGACAGAGCAUAUCCCACCACUUUCAAGGAUUUUUUCAGAGGGAUGAAGCAAUAAAUCAAAGGGAGGUGGAACAGAGAGAGAGAAGAGAGAAAGUAGAAGUUGUUUACAAUCCGGAGAGACCUGCUGCAUUUUGUUGGAUUUUUGUUGCUGGCAGCAGAUAACGCAGUGGUGAGAGAGGGAGGAUCCUGGCUUCAAGGCAGAAGAGCAGAGGGUGGUUUAGUUGUGGGAAGCAGCUUUCAUUAGUCGGUCUGUGUUGAAUCUGUGAACCAACGCUCUUUUUCAGCAAAUCUUGCUACUUGGCUACACUUCUGGACAAUCAAAAAUGGAUUUAUCAGUAUCAAUCAAUAGGAAGAUGGAUUACACUACUACGAUUCUGAGCUUGGUGCUUUUCGUAUUCUCGGCCUUAUACUUACUUCGGCAAGCUUUCCGGCGGAUAAAAAUAAUCAACAUGGUCGAUCAACUGCCUGGGCCAAGAGCAUAUCCAAUCAUCGGAAACGCUUUGGAUUUCAUGGUACCCAGAAGUGAGCUCAUGAAUGUUUUCGACAGUAGAACUAAAAAGUAUGGACCUCUGUUUCGUACCUGGGCUGGACCUGUUCCGCAAAUACACAUAACAAGGCCAGAGCACAUGGAGAUUGUGAUGAGUAGCCUGAAACAUAUCGACAAAUCGAAGGCCUAUACUUUCCUCCAACCAUGGCUGGGCACUGGGCUGUUGACUGGAACUGGUGCAAAAUGGCAUAGUCACAGGAAAAUGAUCACACCAACCUUCCAUUUCAAGAUUUUGGACGUGUUUGUUGAGGUGUUUGGUGAGAAAUGUCAAACUCUCAUCGAAAACCUCCUGAAAAAAGCUGAUGGUCAAGAAUUUGAUAUCUACCCGUUCAUCACACAUUGUGCAUUGGAUAUUAUCUGCGAAACGGCCAUGGGAACACAAAUCAACGCCCAGAAUGAAUCAGAUUCGGAUUAUGUCAGAGCUAUCUAUGACAUCAGUGAACUGACAAUGGAACGGACAACUAAGCCAUGGCUACACUCUGACCUCAUUUGGAAAAAUUCAAAGAGAGGGGCCCGCUACGCACAUGAUCUCAGUAUUCUGCAUGGAUUCACAAACAGGGUUAUAUCUGAACGUAAAGUAGCAAGACUUGCUGACAAGGAAAGAAUCAAGAACCAUGAGGACGAUGAUGAAUUUUUAGGUAAAAAGAAACGUAUGGCAUUCCUUGACUUGCUCCUAGAAGCAUCUGAACUGGGCCAAAAACUGACUGACGAUGAGAUCAGAGAAGAGGUGGACACAUUCAUGUUCGAGGGUCACGACACAACAACUGCUGGUAUCUGCUGGUCUCUUUUCAUGCUUGGAAAUCAUCCCGAAUAUCAGGAUCAGGUAGCUCAAGAGCUGGAUCAAAUUUUUGGUGAUUCAAAUCUGCCUCCUACAAUGAAGGAUCUCAAUGAAAUGAAGUACUUGGAAAGGGUCAUCAAAGAAUCUCUCAGGCUAUUCCCCAGUGUACCUUUUAUCGGUCGUUAUCUAGGAGAGGACACGAAAUUCGAUAACUACAUAGUUCCUGCAGGGUGUGUUAUGAACCUGCAAAUAUUCCACGUGCACAGAUGCCCGGAUCAAUUCCCCGACCCAGAAAAGUUCAAUCCAGACAACUUCCUACCUGAAAGAACUCAAGGUCGCCAUCCUUAUGCUUACAUUCCAUUCAGUGCUGGACCAAGGAACUGUAUUGGACAAAAGUUUGCAGUUCUGGAGGAGAAGACUGUUCUAUCAUCGAUACUCAGAAACUACAGAGUUGAGUCAGUUGAAAAGCUGGAAGAUCUUAAUCUCAUGAACGAACUCAUACUUAGACCUGAAUCUGGCAUUCGAAUGAGAAUAUACCCCCGAAAGAAAACACAGUCCUAAUCAUCGAGUGAAUCAUUUGCGAAUGCAAGAAUGGAAAAUGACGAUUGAUUUGGAUGAUCUAAUGUAUAAGUUUUGUCAUCAAACUUAUUCAAUUUUAUUUCUUAUUGUGACCAAAUGUGUGAAUGUUAAAGACAAUAGGCCUAUAUGUCAAUUUUAUUUGUACUUGAUUUAUUGAAUUUGAAAUCAAAAUUUGAUUGUUUUGACAAAUUUCUAUUAAUGAGAGAGUAUAGGUUAUUAAUAGUCUACGAUUAGAGUCGUUGACUGUGAUGAUAGAAAUGUUCUUGCAUAUCAUAAGAUUGAUUAUCACAUUUUGCAUUGUUCAUUAGCUGUAAGACUGAAAAAUGAAGUAUUUCGAUUCCUAUAACAUAUUAUUAUUAUACUAGAGAAAGUAAGAAAGUAUUGUUUAAAGUUUUAUAAAUCUCUAGAUAUGGACUUCAGAUUUAGUAAAUAGACUAUAGUAAUAAUUCAGAUCAAUAUGCUAGUAUUAAGUUUUUUAAAUAAAUGCAUUGAGAAAGAAAAUAA